GUCUUCGCUACUAAUCAUUCGUCCGUCAUUAAAAUAUCUGUGACUGACAGUGAGUUUAGAAAAUCUUCCUCAAUAAAGCAUUUUAUAAAUUUAGGUCGCUUACUUUCUGGAUUAUUCAUCAUCGCUGUACCCCUUCCUCACUCUCUGUGAAACCACUGUGAUUUAGGCAUGGCUGAGGCUGGACAGGUUGCUCCUAACGCUGAGUUGUUGGAAUGGCCGAAGAAAGACAAGCGCCGAUUCCUCCAUGUGGUGUAUCGCGUUGGUGAUUUGGAUCGCACAAUCAAGUUCUACACCGAAUGUUUUGGAAUGAAGCUCUUGAGGAAGAGAGAUAUACCCGAGGAGAAAUAUUCAAAUGCCUUUCUUGGUUAUGGAUCAGAAGAGUCCAACUUUGUGAUUGAGUUAACUUAUAAUUACGGAGUAACUUCAUAUGAUAUUGGAACUGGUUUUGGGCAUUUUGGUAUUGCAACACAAGAUAUCUACAAAAUGGUUGAAGACAUCCGUGCCAAGGGUGGCACUAUCACUCGGGAGCCUGGUCCUGUCAAAGGUGGCAAAACAGUCAUUGCCUUUGUGAAGGAUCCUGAUGGUUACACUUUUGAGCUCCUCCAAAGAGAUCCAACUCCUGAGCCACUCUGUCAAAUAAUGCUUCGUGUCGGUGACUUAGAUCGCUCUAUCAAGUUCUAUGAAAAGGCCUUGGGAAUGAAGUUGCUGAGGAGAACUGAUAGACCUGAACAAAAGUACUCGGUUGCCAUGGUGGGUUAUGCUGAUGAAUACGAGACAACUGUUUUGGAGCUAACUUAUAAUUAUGGUGUGACUGAAUACACAAAAGGAAAUGCUUAUGCCCAGGUUGCUAUCAGCACUGAUGAUGUGUACAAAAGUGCUGAAGUCGUUAACCUUGUCAACCAAGAACUUGGGGGGAAGAUAACUAGACAACCAGGUCCCAUUCCAGGAAUCAACACUAAAAUUACUUCUUUCUUAGAUCCGGAUGGCUGGAAAACAGUUCUGGUCGAUAAUGAAGACUUUUUGAAGGAACUGCAGAAGGAAGAGUAAGCGCGCAUUGUCUGAAUGAAGUGUCCUU